AAAUUAGCUUUUGCCUUCUUUUUGUCAUUGUGAUGGAUAAGAAGGAUCUUGCAAAAGAUUUCCACAUGACAAGCUAUGCCAGAAACUCUUCCGUUCAGAAGAAAUCCUCGGAUAAUGCAAAACACAUAACACUAGAGACAGUGCAACAACUCUACAAAGAGACAAGACCCAAGAGUUUAGGAAUAGCUGACCUGGGAUGUUCUUCAGGACCAAACACUCUUUCCACCAUUAGAGGCCUCAUCAAAGCCAUCAUAUCUGCUCACCACCGUGAGAUACCAAACGACCCCUUGCCGGAAUUCAGUGCCUUCCUUAACGAUCUCCCUCAAAAUGACUUUAACUCCAUAUUCAAGACCUUGCCUGAUUUUCACAUAGAGCUCAAGAGAGAUACCAACAAUGAUGGUUGCCCUUCAGUUUUCAUUGCAGCAUGUCCUGGAUCAUUCUAUGGAAGGCUCUUCCCUGAAAAAACUAUUCACUUUAUCUAUUCCUCUUUCAGCUUACACUGGCUUUCCAAGGUUCCUCCAGCUUUGUUUGACGAUCAAGGCAAGUCCAUAAACAAAGGUUGUAUUAGCAUUUGCUCCUCGAGCCCUGAAGCUGUUUCCAAAGCUUACUACAGUCAGUUCAAGGAAGAUUUCUCUAUGUUCCUCCGGUCUCGAUCAAAAGAGGUGGUUUCUGCAGGCAGAAUGGUGCUCAUAUUACUCGGAAGAGAAAGUCCUGAUCAUGUUGAUAGAGGAAUGUCUUUCAUCUGGGAGCUUCUCGCAAGAUCCAUAGCACAUCUUGUCGCACAGGGAGAAAUUGAGGAGGAGAAGCUCGAUUCUUACGAGAUGCACUUUUACGCUCCGAGUGCUUCUGAGAUAGAAGGUGAAGUGAACAAAGAAGGGUCUUUUGAAUUAGAGAAGUUAGAGAUGAUGGAAGCGGACAAGAAAGGCGACGAGGAUGGUAUGAGUUCCGGUGAGCUGGCUGCAAAGACGAUAAGAGCGGUUCAAGAGUCAAUGCUUGGUCCACACUUCGGAGAAAGGAUUUUGGACAAGCUUUUUGAUACAUUUGGUAGAAUGGUUGACGAGGAGAUGGAUAAGGGAGACAUAAGACCCAUCACAUUUGUUGUUGUCUUGAGAAGGAAGCACUGA